AUGGUGGACUAUCACAUGACCGGCGGUGGUGGUGGCGGCGGCGGCGGCGGCUACAUGACGCAAGAUGGCAGAUACAUGGAGCAAGAAGACGACUGGGACCGGGACCUGCUGCUCGACCCGGCCUGGGAAAAACAGCAACGCAAGACGUUCACAGCUUGGUGUAACUCCCACCUGAGGAAGGCCGGCACUCAGAUCGAGAACAUAGAGCAGGAUUUCAGAGAUGGGUUAAAGCUGAUGUUACUCCUGGAAGUUAUUUCAGGAGAACGUCUUGCCAAACCAGAGAGAGGAAAGAUGAGAGUCCAUAAGAUCAACAACGUCAAUAAAGCGUUGGACUUCAUUGCCAGUAAAGGAGUGAAGCUGGUCUCCAUUGGUGCUGAAGAAAUUGUGGAUGGGAACGCAAAGAUGACUUUAGGAAUGAUCUGGACCAUUAUCCUUCGUUUUGCCAUUCAGGAUAUCUCUGUGGAAGAAACGUCUGCAAAGGAGGGAUUAUUGCUCUGGUGUCAGCGGAAGACUGCGCCUUACAAAAAUGUCAAUGUCCAGAACUUCCACAUCAGCUGGAAGGACGGCCUUGCCUUCAAUGCCUUGAUCCACAGACACAGGCCUGAGCUUAUAGAAUAUGACAAAUUGAGAAAGGAUGACCCAAUCACUAACCUGAACAAUGCCUUUGAGGUGGCCGAAAAGUAUCUGGAUAUUCCUAAGAUGUUGGAUGCUGAAGACAUAGUCGGCACCGCUCGUCCUGAUGAGAAGGCUAUCAUGACAUACGUGUCCUCUUUCUACCACGCCUUCUCAGGAGCCCAGAAGGCUGAGACAGCAGCCAACAGAAUCUGCAAGGUCUUGGCUGUGAAUCAAGAGAACGAACAUCUGAUGGAAGAUUACGAGAGACUGGCCAGCGAUCUCUUGGAGUGGAUUAAGCGUACAAUGCCAUGGCUGGAAAAUCGGCAGCCAGAGAAGACCAUGCCUGAUAUGCAACAAAAACUUGAAGAUUUCCGGGACUAUCGUCGUGUGCACAAACCACCAAAAGUCCAGGAGAAGUGUCAGCUGGAGAUCAACUUUAACACCUUACAGACCAAGCUUAGGCUUAGUAACAGGCCGGCCUUCAUGCCUUCUGAGGGGAGGAUGGUAUCGGACAUUAAUAAUGGUUGGCAGCAACUGGAGCAGGCGGAAAAGGGAUAUGAAGAAUGGCUCUUAAAUGAAAUUCGUAGGUUAGAAAGGCUGGAUCACUUGGCUGAGAAAUUUCGCCAGAAAGCAUCUAUACAUGAAUCGUGGACUGAGGGCAAAGAGGCCAUGUUGACGCAAAAGGACUACGAGACUGCCACUCUUGCAGAAAUCAAAGCCCUUAUCCGAAAGCAUGAAGCCUUUGAGAGCGACCUUGCGGCACACCAGGACAGAGUGGAGCAGAUUGCAGCCAUCGCCCAGGAGCUGAAUGAACUCGAUUAUUACGACUCUCCCAGCGUAAACGCACGUUGCCAAAAGAUCUGCGACCAGUGGGAUCUUUUAGGGUCUCUGACACACGGCAGACGGGAAGCCUUAGAGCAAACAGAGAAGCAUUUGGAGGCCAUAGACCAGUUGUAUCUGGAAUAUGCCAAAAGAGCAGCACCGUUCAACAACUGGAUGGAAGGGGCGAUGGAGGACUUGCAAGACAUGUUUAUUGUGCACACUAUUGAAGAGAUUGAGGGGCUUAUUGCAGCUCAUGAGCAGUUUAAAUCUACACUGCCCGAUGCCGACCGGGAGAGAGAAGCCAUUCUUGACAUCCAAAGCCAAGCUCAGAAGAUUGCGGACUACAACCACAUUAAGUUAUCGUCCGGGAACCCCUACACUACAGUCACUCCACAGACCAUCAAUUCUAAGUGGGAGAAGGUCCAGCAGUUGGUUCCUAAGAGAGACAAUGCCCUGAAAGGAGAGCAAGACAAGCAGCAGUCCAACGAGCGUCUACGUCUGCAGUUCGCUAACCAGGCAAAUGUGGUGGGACCUUGGAUCCAAGCAAAGAUGGAGGAGAUUGGAAGAAUCGCCAUUGAAAUGCAUGGCACCCUGGAGGAUCAGAUGAGUCACCUGAAGCAGUAUGAACAGAGCGUCUUAAAUUACAAGCCCAACAUAGACAAGCUGGAGCAGCAGCAUCAGCUCAUCCAGGAAGCCCUGAUCUUCGAUAACAAGCACACAAACUACACUAUGGAGCACAUUCGUGUCGGUUCGGAGCAUCUCCUCACCACUAUUGCAAGGACCAUAAAUGAGGUGGAGAACCAGAUCUUAACACGUGACGCCAAGGGAAUCAGCCAGGAACAAAUGCAUGAGUACAGAGCAUCAUUCAAUCACUUUGACAAGGAUCAUACGGGUGCCCUGGGACCUGAAGAAUUCAAAGCUUGUCUCAUCAGUCUGGGCUAUGAUGUGGAAAAUGAGAAACAGGGUGAUGCAGAAUUUAACCGUAUCAUGGCCAACGUUGACCCCAACAAUUCAGGCAUGGUGACAUUCCAAGCGUUCAUAGACUUCAUGUCAAGAGAGACCACAGACACGGACACCGCUGACCAAGUUAUUGCAUCCUUUAAGGUCCUUGCUGGAGAUAAGAACUACAUAACAGCAGCAGAGCUGCGCCGGGAGCUGCCACCAGAUCAAGCAGAGUAUUGCAUCUCUCGUAUGGCUCCCUACCACGGUCCUGAUGCAGUGCCUGGAGCACUGGAUUACAUGUCCUUUUCUACUGCAUUGUACGGCGAGAGCGACCUGUGAGCUUAAUGGGGAUGAAAUCAACACUGCCCUACCACCCUCCACCAGCUACUAAUGUCUCGGCUGCAGAAGGGGGAAUAGCGCCAGAUGGUCAGGGGGAUAGAUGGGUUCACUAGCGUCCCCCUGUCAAAGGGGAGAGGGAGGGGAUCAUAUUGGCUUUCGUUCCCUUUGCAAGGAGGGAGGAGAAGACAGAGCAGAAGCUGCAGGACCACUCCUCCCCCCUUUGCAAAGCUAUCUAUGCAAUGGCUAAGGGGCAGGGGUGCUUCCACACAAAGCUGGCACGUAGACUGCGCUUCUGGGUAACUCUUUUUUUCAUAUCUCGCACCUUGUACAGUUCCUUCACAAACCCCUCUCUCCGUUCCUUGGGUUAUUUAUUCCUGGUCCUAUGAACCCCCUGCAAGAGGUAUGCGGUCCGUGCCUACGCAGUUCAGAACUAACGUCUUUUCACUUUGUUUCUCAUAGUUUCAUAAAGCAGUGACCUCAUGGUGAGGUCCUAGCAUAGAGGGCUCCGCACUGCAGGCAGGGGAGAGAUCCACAAUAAGGGGGGGGUGCUAUACGUCCAGCCGUUUUACCUUAUGAUAUUUUAAGAAAGGGGCACACCGGUCUUUCUAGUGACCAGAGGCAGCUGGUAUGAAACGCUCUGAUCUGUUACAAUACCAUAGACAGGCCAGAAAGAUUACAAAAAAAAAAUGUAUCGUGUCAUUCCACAUAACACUCGCUUCAUUUCCAAUGCUUUCAACCUGACAUUGGUGGACAAAACACACAAGCCUAUCAUUCCAGGUUGACAUUUGCAUGACCUUUUUGGUGACGGUCACCCAUUCCUGAGUUGCACCCCCUUUUUGUAUUCUGUAUGUUCUCAUCAGAUCAUGAAAGCGCUCUGUUCUUCAUCUCGCUACUUGCCUAAGCCCUAUAAUGGUUUUAAUUUUAUAUUUUUUCCCUGAGGACCAAAAAAAAACAAAUUAUAAUAAAAUAAAACUUUAAGAGGGUUACUAUUUACUUAAUUUAGGGGGAUUUAUGAUAUAAAUAUAUAUUCACCUAGUAAAACCUAUAUUUGCAGUUUUUUUUUUUGUCUUCUAAAUAAUAAUAAAAGAAAAGGUUGCUGAUUGUUUAUCACGAGGUCUGUAACAUUCC